AUGCCACCAACUCAGUUACCCGCGUCGGGGAACCCUCUAGUCUUCUUUGAUAUCACAAUUGGAGGUGAGCCACUCGGACGUAUCCAAUUUGAGCUCUUCGCCGAUGUCGUUCCCAAGACGGCCGAGAAUUUCCGUCAAUUCUGUACCGGGGAAACCAAAAAUCAUCUUGGUAGACCGCAAGGAUACAAAGGCAGUAAAUUCCAUCGAAUCAUCAAGGAUUUCAUGUGUCAGGGGGGUGAUUUCUUGAAUGGCGAUGGUACGGGCUCUACUUGUAUUUACGGACUGAGUAAAUUCGAUGAUGAGAAUUUUACCCAUAAGCAUACGGAACCGGGACUUUUGUCCAUGGCGAAUGCUGGUCCAAAUACCAAUGGUUCUCAAUUCUUCAUAACCACAGUCCCAACCCCCUUCCUCGAUAAUAAACAUGUUGUCUUUGGCAAAGUAGUCGAUGGAAUGGACGUCGUCCGUAAAAUGGAAAAUACUCGCACGAAUCCAAAGGAUGCUCCGCAAUUACCCGUCGUCAUUUCUCUAUGCGGAGAAAUGUAA